UGGGAAGCGACGCGCCCAGACAUGCGAUGGCGGGCUCGUGGCGGCCACGACACGGAGUCCAUAGGCCGAGAUCGAUCCCAAGUCCCUACAGAGGCGCAGCUAACUCGAAACAUGGGUAGGCCUGGGUACCGUGGAAUCUCGUUCAGGGUGUGCAGGACUCUUCGUGGCGUGUACCCUAUAGGUCUCGCUUCGGUGCCGAUCUUUCUGUUAAAUGCCCUAUGUCUAUGUCUCUCGCCGCCAACGUUCAAUCGACAUAGCAACCCACUCACCAGUCAACCAUCUCCAAACCAUAUCUUGGCCAUUCACACCAACAUACACAUCAAUACGCCAGUCAGACCUCAGGACAUUGCAUCACUCUACUUCUCUUCUGUGUUUCGAGCUCUAUUUACUAUAGAGCAUUAUCAACGAACCAGGCUCUAUCGAUCUCUUACCAAGUCACCAUGGCUGAGGUCUUGUCACCAUCGAUAUGGCCAGUGCAAGCAAGAACCAUCACACGCAAGCAAAAGCAAAAUUCCCUACUCUCAACACCAGUCCCGGCAUGCGCAUCAACAGAGUGGAAGUUCGAAUACUACAAAAUCACAUGGAUGCUACGCGAACUCAUCGCGCUCGAGCCACUAAACGGACCCCAAAAGUGGAAACAAGAUCUGCUUGUUGAAGCCUUACGACUCUUGUACUCGAUCGAGAACUCCACAGAUCUGCCAGUUGUGAAGCGCGAAGACCACAUCAAGUGGACAGAUGUGAUGGUGCGAAGGAUAAUAGCAGAAUCACUCUGGGAAGAAGACAGUACUGUUUCAUUCUACGACUGUUGCGAGCAUCUACGAACUGGACGAAGCAAAGCCGGCGCAGCGAGACUCUUCCAGCAAGCCAGAUCGAGCUGGACAGCGAUCACACAAACAGAUAUUGGAACCGAAUUCAGCUUGGCUGCAUGAGUGCGUUGGGGGAGGAAGGCGUUGAGUUAUCAAAAAUUCCCCAGGAGGACAGGCAAAAAUGGGCGACGGCGGCUUUACUAUCUAUUCCCACAGCGGUGCAUGAUUUGCGAACAUGUCACAUACUUCGAUUCUCAUUAGCGCGUGCAGGUCCACGAACCAGUCGAUCAAGGAAAAAUAUUGAAUUCUUUGCAUCACUUCUUGCUUCACAUUGUAUCAGGUUGAUCAGAUGUGGUUGUGCAUGUGCUUCCUCAAUCGCAUGCCAACGUGAUGCGAACCACGCCGUCCCCCACACUGUCAAGCACGUCGGUGCACCGCAUACUAGGACAUGGACGAAGGCGCCAAUCAAGGCGUCUGGGUUUAAUGGCUGCAUUGCACCUGGCAGUCGCCACGUCUCUUCUUUUUGGAAGUCUGCUGAUCCCCUGCAGACUGCAUUGCGCUGCAGCAAGCCAGCUCAUGAGCGACCCACUCAUCAGAGGACGACAGCCAAUGUGCAGUACAAU